AUGAGCUUUGAUGGUGCAUCAAAUGCAUUGGGGCAUGGGAUCGGAGCAAUCUUAGUGUCACCUGAAGGGGACCAUUACCCGCUUACUGCCAGUUUGAAUUUCUUCUGUAUCAAUAAUAUAGCAGAGUAUGAAGCUUACAUCAUGGGACUCCGUGCAGCUAUCAGGAGGAAAAUUGAAAUUUUAAAAGAAUUCAAAGAAGUGACUUUUAACUACUUUCCACGAGAGGAGAACCAAUUGGCUGAUGCCCUAGCCACAUUGGUUUCGAUGUUCAAAGCAAACACAGAAACUGAGAUAAUGCCCAUCCAAAUGAGUAUAUAUGAGACCCCCGCGCACUGUUUUAGUAUUGAGGAGGAGUCAGAUGGACGACCAUGGUUCCAUGAUAUCUUGGAUUAUAUCAAGAAUCAAAGUUACCCCGAGCAAGAAAAUGAGAAUGACAAAAGAACAAUUAGGAAAUUGGCGAUUAGAUUUGUUCUUGACGGUGAUAUCCUAUACAAAAGGGGAAAAGAUCAAGUGCUCAUGAGAUGCGUGGAUGUUGUUGAAGCUAGAAAGAUACUUGAAGAGGUUCAUGAAGGAAUUUGUGGAACGCAUGCCAGUGGUUUCACUAUGGCCAGACAGAUUAUGAGACUUGGUUAUAACGGUGGAAACGGAUUGCAUUGGUUAUGCAGGAAAAUGCCACAAAUGUCAAAUUUAUGGCGAUAA